AUGGCCCCGUCUCAACCGCCGCCGGACAACCCUCAGGAGCCGCUCAAGUUUGCUGCCGCAAGGUCCGUGUCGAGGCUUGACGACGAAGCAGAGCCCGACGCCACCUGGGAUCGGACGAUCCGCCCUCACGCCUACAGCCCGAACCUCUCGCGACAUCCUACCCACUCCCGCGACUCCUCGGCCGACAAGUUCCCCUCGACCUUGACCUCGCCGCGAGCCCACGCCCCACCGUCGCGCCAGCCCGUCGGAGGAGGGGCCGCAGAGCGACCCGUGGACCCCAACAAGGCUGCCAUCUACGGCCAUCAUCGUCAGACGUCCAUUGUGCACGGGAUCCAGCACUCGCGAAAUGGCAGUCUCGCAAGCUCCACUGGCCCCCUCAGCCCCCAGAUGAUAGCCGCUGCCGGCGUCGGGCUGGACCGUCCAGAGAUGCAGUCGGUCGCUGCUCGAUUGGACGCUGACCCGGCCACGCCCUCGCGCCCUACAACAGCCUUGUCCGGCCCCAUGGCCAACCCAAACGGCUUCCCCAUGGAGAGGUCCGCCUCGGCUGCCGACAUGUCCCCCCCCGGCCUCGGCCAGCGCAAGCACGAGAGAGUGCAGAGCAAGUCGCGUCGCGACCAGGCAAACCAUCAGCCACAUCCGUCGCGCCAUCACAGGGAUGACCAAAAGACCGUCGGCGAAUAUGCUUUGCACGUGCUCUUCACCUCGUUCAUUGCUCAAGCCGAGGAGAAGCUUACCGAGUGCAUCACCGUUCCCUUCGAUCCCGAGCCCCAGAUCGAGCGCGUCUGCGGACCCGGCGUCGACGCCGCCUUCGACCAGCUCAUCGUAGCCCUCGGCCAUAUCGCCAGCCCCAAGCCGAAGGCCCUGAUCGACUCCAUGAUGCUGUGGAGAAAGAGCAAGAGCGACGCCGCAAACGAAGCCCGCAGCCAGCUCCAGCAGUCGCGUAGCAACCACCCCGGAGGCCCGCUGCUGCGCAGAAACACGGAGCCGUUACAGGGCGGCUUUGGGGGCCCGGACAGCGGAUCGCCAAGCAACGCCACCAUGUCUUCCAAGCAGGAGCACGUUGCCCAGCAGGAGCGUCGAUCGACCGUCUCCAUAUAUAUCCUAUGCCGAGUCCUUCUCGAGGUCAUCAGCCAGAGUAACCUGGCUUCCAUCACCUUUGAGAUGGAAGACAAACUUGAGAGCAUCAUUUUCGGCCAGCUCAAAAUCGCAGACGCUGAGCAGCUGAUGGUUUCCCCCUUGAAACUUGCCAAUUGGAAUCUUUUUGCGCAGCUGCUGGGGUACAUGAGCGACAUCAACUUUGCCGGCGUCACCAAACGCUUCAUCGAAGACCUCGACAACACUCUGCACGAGCGGGGCAAGGGCCCGACGGCCUUCACAGGGCGUGACCUGGAGGGCAAGAUGGACCUUGUGCUGGGUGGAAUGAAGCAUCUGCGGAUCAAGAUCUCUCCUGAAGGCGCCUGGGAGGAGUCGUGCGAGUUCCUCGCUCGCCUGGGCCGCUUGUUCAGCAGAUCGCACGGCCCCAGGGUCAAGAUGGCCUUUUGCCAGGUCAUUGACAUGCUGCUCCUGCCCAUUGCCGCCAAGGCCAGCAACAGCCAUCUCAUGCAUCCCAAAUGGGCCGAGGUCCUCGCCGCCAUGGGCCCGCGCCUGGCGCAGUUGUUCAUAAAGGUGCGAUAUUGGGCCGUCGCUUUUUCCCUGACGGCGACCAUGCUUUGCGUCUCGCCACCCGAGACCUUUGGCUCGCAGUGGCUUCAGCUGGUCCUCUCCCUACAGACCAAAGCCAAGGACCGCUUCACUCGCCCGCUCUGCCUUCAAGUCAUCUCUCGGCUGAUCUGGACGUACCUGUAUCGCACAAACGACAACUUCCAGAGCAUCAUACGAAAGCUAGAUGAUGUGAUGAAGCUGGUCCUGCCAUCUUCUAAGCGCAGCGUGGUAUCCUUUGACCCGGCCGUCACGGAACCGCUCAUCCAGAUCAUUCGCAUCAUCGGGUUCAAAUACCCGGAAUAUUGUUUUAAAACAGUCAUUUUCCCGCUCAUCAAUGCCGAAUUGUUCGUGUCCAACAAGGAGUUGAAAGUUGAGCAACUGGACCCGGACAGAGUGGUCGUAGGAAUCCGAGCGUUUCUCUGCAUCAUGUCCGACCUGGAGAAGGGCGAGCAGGGCCAGCCCCCUUUCCCACAGUUCUAUGAUGCCUCCUGGUCGGCCGACAAGCUGCCAACGUCGCCGAUCCUGGCGUCACCGCGAAACGGGCCCCUGUCGAAUCUCGCAAACAUCCCCAGAGAGAAGAAUAUAUCACGUCCUGUCCUCACACACGUCCUGGGCGACGGGGUUCGCGAGUAUUACCUGCAAUUCUGCAAGAUUCUUGGCAAGAUAACCAUUGUCUGUGACAACACGUUUGGUGGCCAGGCGGCCUUGGACGAAAAGUUCAACAGCCCUGGUUCCAAAACGCCAAUUACAGAGACUUUCAACUUCUCUCGGCGCGACGAACAUCAGAACGCCUCAGAUCAGAAGCAAGCUUUCUAUGAGCUGCUCCACGUGGCCGUGCAGGCGCUCCCAAGGUGCCUAUCCGUUGACAUUCCGUUCAACUCGCUCAUCAACCUCUUGUGCACGGGCACAGCCCAUGUUCAGUACAACAUUGCAGAGUCUUCUGCAAAUUCCCUCAAGGCCAUCGCGAGGCAUUCCCAUGCACAGCAGGUGACAAUGGGCUUUGCUCGCUUCAUAUUCAACUUUGAUGACCGUUACUCGACCAUGUCUGACGGUGGCAUGCUGGGCCCGGGCCACAUCGAAAACACCCUCCGGCUCUACGUCGAGCUCGUCCAGAUAUGGAUUGAGGAAAUCCGGCAAAAGACGCGGGAUGCGGCCGCUACGCAGGCUGAUUCUAGUGCAUCGGACAAGAGAGCCUUGAAGCUGGACCUGUCGAGCAUGUGGGCAGAGGUGGACCAGGCCGAGGCUCACGGCCUCUUCUUUCUCUGCUCUCAGUCGCGUCGAGUACGUCACUUCGCCAUUACGGUUCUGCGUCUCAUCACCGAGUUUGACAAGGCCCUCGGGAAAGACGCAGCGGAAGAAAAGGAAUCCCUGAGACUGAUCAACAUCCUGGAGAACGACUCGAGCCAAGUCAUGGACUUCAACGAUGAGCACUUGUCCGUGGCUGAACGCAGUAGGCUGCAACGCGGGCUGCAGACAACCAACACCAAGAGCGUGGUGGUUGAGCUCUGCACCAGCGACGUUACCUACGAUACAACCUUAUGGUUCAAGAUCUUUCCAAACCUGAUCCGCAUUGCCUUUGACAAAUGUCCCUUUGCCGUUGCCAUAUGCCGAGACCUGAUUUGCAAUCGCAUACUCCAGCUGUACAAGCCGAUUGUUGUCUUAUCCGAACCGACUCGCGGCCUCUACUAUGGAGGCGACCAAGCCAAUAGCCGCAUACCGGCCCGGUCGCCGGCUACGCAGCCCGAGGUCUUGAUUGAGCAGUGGAAGCUCUAUCUCAUUUUCGCUUGCACGACCCUCGCGGACCCUGGAAAUCAGACGCCCAACCCGGCCAAGGAAGUGCAACACAUUCGAAAGACGUCGAAGCCUGGAUCGACCGACAGGAUUGUUACGGCGAGGACCCUGUUCAAAUAUCUCAUCCCUCUACUCUCCUCGUCCUCGGCCUCGGUCCGAGACGCCGUCGUGGUCGCCAUGGGAUCCAUCAACGUUCACAUUUAUCGAACGCUGUUGGAGGAGCUCCAAGGCCAGGCAUCCCGAUGCAACGACGACGCGCGCGCUCGCAUCCAUCAGCGGACCAAUAGCGCCCCGAGAAGGAACCGGAAAAUGGACUUGCUUCGAACCGAGAUCACACACGUGUUCAAGUUGACGUCCCACUUUCUCAGGGAUUCGCAAGUGUACCAAUCCGAGUUUUUCCUCGGCACUUUGACGUCAUAUGCCAAGGACCUGAAGCUUUUCCUGAUGGACGGAGAAGUCCAGAUGGACUGGGAAUUCCAAAAGCUCAGACGGCACUACUGCGGGCUGAUGGAGGCACUGUUCGAAGGAAUCAACAGGACAAAGGACCCUUCCCGCUGGAUGACAUUUGAAUCCCGAAAGUCUGCGUUCUCCUUGAUGGAGGAUUGGUGUGGAUUUUCUCCGAACCAGACUCAGAUACGAGCCCGGGAAGACACGAUGCGCCAGUCGCUCAUUGACCAGCAGGGCCUGGGGGAACGCGGGACGGUCACAGCCGCCAUGGAGAUUGAGAAGCGCAACUUGCGGACGGCGGCUCUCAGUGCCAUGGCCGCUCUGUGUGGCGGUCCCAUCAGAGUAACAACCGAGAGCGGCGUCACCCUGCAGUUUGACAUUCGCCGAAUGCUUGCCUGGAUCGAGGCGAUCUUCAACUCGGGCAGCGACAAGAUGAACGUCACAGGGCGGAGAGCCCUGAAAAAUCUCGUUGUUCACAACCAAGAGUACACAUAUCUCCUCGAGCAUUGCAUUGCCCGCUGCUACCUGUCCGACCUGCCGAAGAUGCUGGGGAGCUACUUUUCAGUCGCCAUCGAAGUGUUGCAGGAACACAGCAACUACCCCUGUCCGUUUUGGAAACUCCUUGGCCUUUGUCUGUUCAAUCUUGGCAACGAUCAGAGCGAAAUCAGGUCCAAGUCAUCGUCGAUGCUUCGGACCCUGGAGACGCGCCAGCAGCGGAACUCCAAGAUCCAAGAUUUCGACAUCAGCAUAUCCGACAAAACGCAAGCCGUCUACAAGCUCGCACAAUUUGAGAUAUCCAAGCGCCUCGCCAACCAACACACGGAGCUGGCGUUCCAUAUCGUGUCUGAAUUUACCUACUACUUCAAAGAUCUUCAACCAGUUGCGCAGAGAAAUGUCAUUGCCGUCAUUUUACCUUGGAUCCAGACUAUAGAGCUCAAACUGGAUCCGAAUGGCGGCCCCACGGCGCAGUCAUACGUUCUGCUGGCCAACUUACUGGAGCUCACAAUCAAGUCCAGCGGGGCGCUGCACAACGAGGUUCAAGCCUUGUGGCAGGCGCUUGCCACGGGACCGUAUCCCGGAAACGUCCGCCUUGUGCUGGACUUCAUCAUGCAGCUGUGUCUGGAAAGACGGGAGCAAAACUUUGUCGAAUACGCCAAGCAAAUUGUCGUCUUUCUUUCUACGACAAACAGUACGCCUGGUAUCAAGGUCGUCGAAUUCUUGCUCAUGCAAAUAACUCCCAAAGCAAUGGUUCCCAACGAGAAGAGGGAGGCAGUGCCGCCGCCGUCAGACAUCAACAAUCUCCCUUACUGUGCCGACUUGAGCGAGGUUCUCCCCGUCGGGACAAAGCAGGCCGGCUUUUCGCUGGGUCAACUGUCACUGAUUCUACUGGUCGACUUGAUGGUAUCUCCCGUGCACCUGACCUCUGAGAACUUACCGCUUCUUCUCCAAGUCGUCACUGUUCUUUGGGACCAUUACACUCCGCUGGUACAGGAGCAGGCACGCGAGAUGCUUGUCCAUCUCAUUCACGAGCUGGUCAUUUCACGGAUGGACGAUGAGUCGCAAGGAAAACUCAAGGAACCAAUUGAGGAUCUGGUCGACUUGAUCCGACGUCACGAUCGCUCAGUGGUCUGGGGCUACGAGGACAGCAACGGCAAGGUCGAGAACCACGACAACAAGGUUCCGCCAAGCAUGGAACACUUGACCGCCGAAGUUGUCAAGACUUUCGAGACGACGUUCCCUGGGAUCAAGGAACAAUGGGGCCGCUUGUCUCUGACAUGGGCCACUUCCUGUCCGGUCCGACACUUGGCCUGCCGGUCCUUCCAGAUCUUUAGGUGUGUUCUCACCUCACUGGACCAGUACAUGCUUGGCGACAUGCUUGCGCGGCUGUCCAACACCAUCGCCGAUGAGGAUCCGGAGAUUCAGUCCUUCUCCAUGGAGAUCCUGACAACGUUGAAGACGUUGAUCGUCAAGCUGGACUCCGACAAGCUUCUCACGUUUCCCCAGCUGUUCUGGACUACCUGCGCAUGCCUGGAGUCGAUUAACGAGCGCGAGUUCCUCGAAGCCGUAGAGAUGCUUAACGAGCUGCUCCGAAAAGUCGAUCUCCGGCUGCCCAACGUACGGAGGAUAAUCGCGGAAGGACAACCGGACCGAUGGGAGGGCCAGUUUGAGGGGAUGCAGCCGCUGCUGUACAAGGGCUUGAGAUCUUCAGCUUGCUGGCAGCCAUCGCUCGAUACUUUGGACAGGCUGGUGAGACUUCCCGGAGAUGGGCUCGUUGGCGACGAGCACCGAAUCUUUUAUUCCCUCCUGGCCAAUUUCCCUCGCUUCCUCAACGACCUUGAACGUGGAACCCUGAGCGAGCAAUCCAUCAAGGCCGCGAGGAUUCUUUUGACAGAGACGGACAAGCACGGCUUGGAUGCCGUCAGCGUCGUCCUCGACGACUUUGUUGCUGGAAAGCACCAAGACAGCCGGGAUCUCCUCAGUCCACUGUUUAGCGGCCUCAAAGAGUGUUAUUUGCCUCGACUCGAGUUCAACAUGAUCACCUUUCUGAUGGGCUUACUCACCAACUCAUUGUCCUGGGUCAAGGUCCAGACCAUGCGCAUCCUCUGCGUCGUCAUCCCGGCAAUUGAUAUGCGCAAUCCCGAGCUGGCAGGGCAUGGAUCGGAUCUCAUCUCGCCGCUGCUACGUCUGCUGCAAACCGAAUUCUGCAUGGGUGCCCUGGAGGUGCUGGACAAUAUCAUGACCAUGUCCGGUAGCCACAUGGACAAGCAUCACCUACGGAUGAGCAUGACGCGAUCAACGUCCCGGGCCGUUCGCAAGGAGUAUGAACGCACUCAGAGUCUGUUUGGCAUCCCGGAAGCGUCAGGCUGGUCGAUCCCCGUUCCUGCAAAGAAGACGGAAGCCACCCGGGCCAACAUUCACGCUGCCUUUUACAUGUGCCAAAGCACCGAAGGGUCCAUCACGGAGGUGACGCCGACUCCCGAAGUCGAGUUCCAUACAGACGACUUUCCCUACGGCUACUACGACGUGCCGGAUCGGACCGAGACCAUGCUCUCGGACGAGGGACGCGUGGAAGCUUCGGCAGGCGAUUUGGUCACCAAGCUGGACAGCCUUGACGACUUUUUCGACGAACCUUCUAGCCCGCACACGGAUGAUGACGGCCGGUCGUCAAGGACGAUUACAGAGUUUACGCCCGAGUCGUACGAAUCUGGCACCGAGCUGUACGACGAGCAGAUUCUGCCCAUACUGCACGAGGCAUCCAACAACACGUCAUUCCAAAACGGCUUUGCUGAUCGGCCCAUUAUGACGCCGCGCGACGUUGCGUCCAACACCAUGAACCCGGGUGCCUUCACUGUGGCCAUGCCUGCUCGGCCAGGGUUGCAUUCGCGAUCCGUCACCUCACCAUCUACGCCUGCCUCGUAUCAGUUGCACAUGAUGGGGGACGUGGCAUCUGACGAGGAGUAUUUGUCCGGGGGGUUUUCGGACCUGGAGGACGAACGAGCAGAUGCUCGUCAUGUGGACGGGGCCUUUUUUCUGGAAAGCAAGAUCAAGGAGGCUCGACAGAGUCCGUACUCGGGCGCUCGGCGCUUCAUGGGCAGGUCUCGGGACGAGGCGCAGCGCGACAAGACUGAUGCGCCAGGCACGCCCAGGAUGCCGAAUAAGGUGUUUCCGACCAAGCUUUCGGGCCCCAAAGAAGGUGUCUGA